AUGAAGAUUGAGAACAGCCUAACUUGCCUCCCUGAGGUGCCUCCUCACACAGGACUACAGUUCACUGUGGCUACUGAGGAAGACUUUGAUGACAUCAUGGCCAUAAGCCAGGAUAUCUAUGGUGGUCUAGACUACCUUCCCAGCCGCUAUCAGACCUGGUUGCAGGAGACAAACCGUACUGUCAUCCUUGCUCGCAAGCAAGGCAAAGUGAUUGCACUUGAGUCAGUAUGUGUUAUUGAUGAUGGAGAAACUAUGCUGGUGGAAGGGCUCCGUGUGGCCCCUCAGGAGAGGGGCAAAGGAGUUGCACGGGUGCUGCUCCGUUUCUGCUCCCAGCUUGUUAAGACCAAGUAUCCUGAAGUUAAAGUGAGCAGACUGACCAGAGAUGACAAGCUGGGGCCCAAGGACUUCCAGAAGUACAGGCUCAUCACUAAACAGGGAAUCCUGCUGGUGCGCUUCUGUGCUGAAGACCUAAAGUUACGCCUCACUGAUCUUGGGCUUAAUGCGGGUAUUGAAGGAGAUGGCCUGGCUCCUUCCAACUCCCCAGUGAGGUUAGAGGCCUCAGAUGUCCACCAGCUUUUUUUAAGCAGUGAUGUAAUGCAGGAUGUUCUACCCAAUGGAACCAUUGUGCAAGACUGGCAGCCCUUCAAGCCCAUGCCUAGCAACAUGGAGAUCCUGUUGAAGAAAGACAUAGAUUGGAUGGUGGAUGACACCUGUUUCCCAUCUAUGGUCAGCCUGUGCACUUUCCCCUUUCGUGUACCUAUUGGCGAUGACUGGUACUACCUCAACAUUGACAUGUUUGGCAAAGAUCUGGCUCUGGCUGUGCAGCAGCUCUUAUGUCACCUGCGGCGCCAUACCAACACACUGAAGGGCCAUGUGAUGUGCCAGGUUUUCCUGGAUCCACCACUGUGGAUGCCCAUGGCUGAUUUCUUCAGAGAGACCUUGAAAGUGGAACUGGUGAAAGAAUACACAGAGCAAUGUGUAGUGGAAUCCGACUUGGUGUAG